CUCGCAUCCUCGACAUCACCCAGGACUUCCGUCAACUGGACCAGACCGCGCUCCGCCCCUCCGACGCCAUCGUCACCCUACUCGCGCAUUCGCGCAAGGGCCGCCUCGGCCAAUUCCUCGACGUGCGCGGCUGCGCCAAGUUCGAAUGGUCGCGCCGUCCCGCGGCCGGCGUGGAGAGUGCCGCCGCGCCGGCCUCGCGCCGGGCUCGUGGGUGGAAGGCUGGGCUGGAUGCUCAGGUGUUGAGCGUGUCGCGCUCGGGUGCGAGUGUUGUGGUGAGUUGUACUGGCGUGGCGUGUGGCGGUUUGUAUCGGCUGCUGCACGUCGGUUUGUGCUUGUCCUGUUGCGCUUUUGGCGGUUUUUUCCUUGGUUUUGGGGGGGGGGUUUGGGGCGCUUUUAUGUGCUUUUGCCCUUCCCCCUCUUGCCUUUUGUCUCCUCUCCUUCCUUUUCCUUUUCCCCUUUCUCUUCCUUUCCCCCCCUUUCUUCUCGUCCGUCGGUCUUCUUCCCUUCUACGACUCAAGCAAAGAACAGUCGGCUAACGAAGCAGAUCGGCUUCCACACCCGUGGCGCAUACACCCUGGCCGCCACCUUCGCGGUGCAGCCGGGUGGGGGGUGGCAGGCCGUCAAGGCUUGCGCUCCGCACCUGGCGCCGGGGUGGCACGCGGUGCCGCGGUUGGCGGAGCGCGUGGGGAAGCGCAUCGCGGUGAACGUGUGUGUGUGGAGGAAGUGGGAGGAGUGUGAGGUGGCGCGGGUGGCGGUGUCCUGUGUGGAGGCGGUGGGUGGUGGUGCUGGUGUUGGUAGUGGUGGUGCUGCUGCUGCUGUUGCUGAUGAGGAGGAGGAGGAGGAGGAGGAGGAGGAGGAGGAGGAGGGAGAAGAAGAGGAGUGAGUUUGGGUGGGGAGUUGGGGGUGGUGGUGGAGGUGGUGAGAGGAGAAGAGAGAGAGGAGAGGAGAGAGGGGAGUAGGGGCGGGUGGAGGUGGUAUCAAAAGUCAUAUUAGUCAAUUCGACUUCGUUCGUUCGUUCGUUUCAUGCAUGCACGCAUACAUGCAUAUCUCCAGGGCGCGCAAAAUGUCCAUGAGCUGCUGAUCCACAUCAUCAUCAUU